UUCAUGAUAAAAUUACUCAAAAUUGCUUUUGAUUACUUCCCUUGAAAUACUUUCUAGCCAAAAACUCAAAAAGGUGUUGUACGAAUGUGGUGCUGCUGGAAAAGACGGGAUGUAAAAUAAAAGAAGAUCAAAGAUGGAAAUGUCGAACAAAGCAUUUCCUUACAGAAAUAAUCAACCAUUUGCGAUGUCUGAAAGAGGCUAUGGUGACACUGGAAUGGACAGUUAUGAGCAUUAUGUUAUGGAAUAUGCACGUUCCAAUGCAAGUGUGAUGUCAAAUCCUGGUGCCACCAUGAUUCCAACACCUCAGUUAGAUACUGAUCAACGCCCUCAGACAAAAGCAAAAUCAAAAGCCUCUGACAGUAAAAAGACAAGUAGCUCACAGGUUAUCGCUUGUGAUGUUUGUGAUAAAUAUUUUAAGUCGGCCAACUGUUUAAGCAAGCAUAGUGUGGCACACACAAACGAAAGACCGUAUCGCUGCACAAUGUGUCCUAAAACAUUCAAACACUCGAGCACGUUAAAGAAUCACACAAAGAAACACAAUGGACAGCUUAACCAUGUGUGUCCGGUGUGUCACAAACGCUUCCUAAAACCCUCGAUCCUCAAGGAACACUUCCGUGUUCACUCGGGAGAGAAACCGUACCAGUGUUCUCUGUGCUCCAAGUCAUUCGCUGUGCAGCAGUAUCUGACACGCCACAUGACCACGCACACUGGGGAGAAGAAGUACCAGUGCUGCUACUGCCCCAAGAAGUUCACCGACAACAGUUCCUUACGGUACCACCGCCGCACACACACGGGAGAGCGGCCCUUCACGUGCAAUGAGUGCGGGGAGACAUUCAUCUCCAAGCUGACGGCCGACAGACAUUACCAAUGCAAGCACUCCAACAACAGACCUUUCUGCUGCCAUCUGUGUGGCAAGAGAUUCAAGUUCAAAGUCUACCUAAAGAAGCACCUUCUUGUGCAUGCUGGACAGAGGAACUUCAAGUGUCCCACCUGUUCACGCUCCUUCUUCACCAGAGCCAAUCUGAAGCGGCAUGUGUUGGUGCACUCUGAGGUGAAGCCGUACAACUGUUGUCUGUGUGACAAGGAUUUCCGCUGCUGGCGAAGCAUGAUCCGACAUCUGGCCACACACGGCAAGAUGCAUCUCUGGAAGUGCUGCAACUGCGACAAGAGAUUCCAGGUCAGCAGGCAUUUAAGGGUACACUACGAGGUGUUCUGUCCCAAACGCGAGAUCCUCUCUUUGAAAAAACAGACCCGCAAUAGACACUGCUUGACUCUUGAUGGCCGCAUAGCGAGGUCUAAACUCAACCAGUUAAAAAAUGGCAGCUUCUCGUGCAAGCUGUGUGGGGAACAUUUUAAGAGUUUGAGUCUUCUUUAUGGAAAGCAUAUGGAAGAACACAAGAUUUGCUUGAAGCCACGUUAUUCUUGUCAGUACUGUAGCAAGAAAUACUGGUCUAGAGGAGCCCUGACCAAGCACAUUCCUCUUCAUAGUGAUGUAGGGGGUAUUAGACAUCGACUGAUGGUUGCAGAUCUGCAGAAACAACUGCAUGUGUUAACGCAGUGUGGUGAAGACGAGAGUCCGCUGUACUGCAGGAAAUGUCAUCUAUAUUUCCGCAAGAGAAGUUCGUUCAAUUCUCACAUGAUCAUUCACACUGACCAGAUCUUUGCCUGCAUCCACUGCAGUAAGAAAUACAUGAAGUAUCAAAUACUCCUCGAACACACAAAACGCAAGCAUGACGAAGAACGGCAGAAAGCCAAAAUUGAGAUGCUCCUAAUGGAAAAUGUGAAGAAGAAUUCCAGUAAUCGGCGACGCAAGGGGGGUAAAGCAUCACACCAGUCAAGCGCUAAGAUGGACAAGGGUAGCCCACCUUACCGCAACAAGCAUCAGGAUAGGAAGAUAGCCAUUCCUGGUCAUUUGUUGAACCUUCCACAGAGGACAUGUCGUUCACGAAAAACACUCAACUAUGUAGUGGAAAAACUGAAAAUGUCCAGCAGUGGGAAACGACACAGGACUUGAUUACUUGUUGAUGGUUGUGUCAUAGUAACAUGGGGGGAGGAAUGAUAAUGUAAUUUUGAGUUGAGUCGUGGCAAAACAAAAUUGAUUGAUCAUGAAUCUAGUCCCAUUUAAAAUAAGAGGAGAUUGAUAAUAUAUGUUAAAACACUGUAAAAUUACUGAUCAACAGUCGCAGAACAAUUCUUCAAAAUUCUCCCACCCAUUAAAAAAAGAUAAUAGAAAGAUUUUGGAAUUUAUACACAGUUCCUGUUUAGUGUAAUUCAUUUACUACAUCAGUUUAUGAAUGUGAUAUUGGUUAAAAUAUCUUUUUGUUCAUGUAGUAUUCACAUUAUUCUACUAGUGGGAGCCUGACACUUUAACAAAUAAAAAACGCAUAAUUUUAGAGGUAAUAAAAAAACAUGAUUAUUCCUGCUAACUGGGGGUAGCCAUUUUCUUUUGUUUUCAAGGCAUCUGGUACUCUAGCUUGGGGCGAAGUGAUGUCAGCUCCUACAGAGUAAACAAAAGCAAUUUACAACAAGGCACUUCUCUUUGAUCAACCUGACUUGUAAAACAAUAUAAAUGACGUAAUAAUAUAAUAAACUAUUUAACUAAAUAUUAUUCAAAUUGCAUUAACAGAACGAAAUGGGGUUAUAGUAUUUUUCUCUGUUAAAUAAUCCAAAGGAAAAAUGUACACUAUAUUAGGUCUAUUGGUUUGUUACAUUGGAGCAAAAACAACCACCCACGAUACCCAAGUGAUAAUUUUCUUUUCUUUGGAAAACUGGUCAGUUCUGUGAUUUUAGACGGGGAAAGUGUACUUAAUCAAUAGUUUUACAGAACUAUUUACAGUAAUAAACCAUGUCCAUUACCAUUUUAGGUUAUUGCACAAUACUGGUAUGUAUUUUUGUGUCUAGACAGGGGUAAUUAAUUGGCUCAUCUGGUUACCUAUCAAAUAUACAUAUGCCAAUCAGGAAUCGCAGGUAGAGGCAACUAACAGAAUAGACCAAUUAACUGAGAAAACACUAUCAUUUCAGUACGUAGGUACAAUUAUUUUGACUUGUUGUGUGGACACUUUGGCAAUGGUAGUUUAUUUUGUAUUGAAAAAUAAUAUAUGCUUAUUGGAUAUUAAUACAGAACAUUGCAAUGCAUGUCUAUUUUAUCAUCCCGCAAAAACCAGGUACAUUUGUUUCUCUAGUUCUAAGACUCAUUCCUGACGUUACUUGUUAAGUAUUACGUAACCACUGGCUCGCGAGAGGGCAUAUUCACCGGAAUGGAACAAAAUGGCUGAGCCCGUUGUAUGUAAUAGCUGUCAUAUUUAACCGUUUUAUUAAUUAAAUAUAAUAAUAUACUUGUUGACAUUAAACAAUAAUGUGCAUUAUAUAUCGUUGAAUAUACAUACCAGUCCAAAGGCCUUGCUUAAGUAUUACUUUAAACAUUAGAGAAUAAUAUGUGUGUGACUGAGUGUGCAAAUUAUAAUUGUUUUAUUCCUUGGGCACAUUCACAGGUAUAUACAUAUUUACAUAAUCUUUUUUUGUAUUCAAACUUAUUAAACUGUGUAUAAAUUGUAUCUAUCAUGAUACAGGUGCCCUAAAUCGACUCAAGUAUCCCUGGACAUUUUAUCACUAUACAAUACAGGAUUGUUAUAUUAUUCCAGCUCAUGUUACAGUAUUUAUUAUUUUAAAAUUAUGCAUAACCCAUGAAUGGUUUUAAGAAAAGGUAUAAAUUUUCAUAGGCCUGGCAUACAAGUAUAAUGGCUCAUUGUAUCCAUAUCAAACUUGACUACUUCAGAUAACUGUUCUAGGCACACGAUCAUGUCUGUCUAAUCCUGAGGGAACAUAGAGCUGACCCCUAGGCACCGAUCUGGUUAACCUACACCUGGUCCAUGCAGUUCGCAUAAGCAUUCAGCAAUGCCAAUGUUAAAGCCCAAGUAAAAUCAAUUAACGACAGCUUCCUAUGCAUAUUCUAACAAAAUACUAGUAUAUAGUAUAGGAAUUUAAAUACAAAUGUUGGGGCAAAGUCUAAUUUAACUGGAGCAUACUGCUGUAAAACAAGGACUGAUACAGGAGCUAAAGAUAUACAGUUAAACGUCAAACUGUUAAUUUUAUAUCUAUCCACAAAAACACAAGUUUUAUUAGAUAGACAUAUGUUGCACCAUGUAUCCUAUUAACCCCUUUGUAGACAACAUAUGUAAGUAUCAUCCAGUAUAAGUCUGUACAUUUCACGUUUAGACACUCGCUGGAUAUAUCGGUACAUAAUGUACCAGGUGUUUAUAUGUAUGCACGUGUAGACAAUAUGUGUUGCUGUUAAGUACGUUUAUAUAAAAUUAACAAAAAUGAGUAACAGUAGAUUUGUUACCAUUCUCAACAUAGUUGUGUCUGUGCAGGUACGUGUGUAUUAUUAUUUUGAAGAUAUUUAAUAUAGUUGGCACCCAUGUACUUUAGUAGUAGUAGAAUAUGCACGCACAGUAUACCUUCGGGUGUUUGUGCAACAAUUUAUGCGGGGUUGGGGGUCUAGACUCUGGCAAGCGAAGUUUAUGGGGAGUCGUUCAUCUGGAAAAAAUAAUGAAAGAAAGAAAAUUUGCUUAAGAAUCGAGGGUUUCGCCCGAAUUCCCACCCCUGCAAAUGCACUAGGUCUUGUGGUACUUUGAUACAUAUACGUGCACAGUAUUGUACGGGCUGUUUAGUUUAACAGCAUUCGAGCUGAUCUUUGUUGUGGAGGGCUCAAUAUUUCAGGAGCUCAGGAGAUGCGUAUUUGUCAAAUCUGUGCUUAAAAAUGUUUUAAUAUUUUCUCUUUUUUUCUCUCUUUUUUUUUAAGGCAGACAAAUGUUUAACGCCACCUCAGCACAGUUUAAAAUGCAUCUAUUGGGUGUUUAACUUGCGUAUUUCGACACUUGAUCAAGGAAUCUUUUAUAUGCACUUUUUCAUAAAAAGGACAGUACAUACCAGAACCUUACAUACUAGUCAUGAGGGAAAAGCUGGGGAGGGAGAAAAACCAGUUCAUCAAUGACGAUCAGUCUUUUGACCCAUUCUCACACCUGAAGCGAGUGCUUGACUAUUGAGCUCUAUUUUGUUUUUUAAUGACAUUACAGUAUUCCAAAUAUUUGUAUUGUUGGGAACAAUCUGUAUUGGAGCUUGUAGUUGAUUUGUCUGGGCGAAGCCGACCUUAAAGGGAGAGUAAACUAAAACAUGAGCCUUAUGUGUUGGAAAGAUGCAUACCCGGACCACCAACAUAUACUGACACUUUACCAUAUCAAAAACAAGUAACUUUAGUGUUAAUAAAAAAACGUGAUUAUUCCUGCUAACUGGGGGCAGCCAUUUUCUUUUCUUUUUGAGGCGUCCGGGACAGCUAGUUUGGGGCAAAGUGAUGUCAGCUCCUGACUAUCUCCUGUACAGUGUAAACAAAAGCAGUAAUUUUCGACAAGGUGCUUCUCUUUGAUCAAUCUAACUUGUAAAACAGCAUAAAUGACGUAAUAAUAUAAUAUA